CAAUGUGGGACAAAAUUUCUGAAAACAGGAAAAAUUGGAGAACUAUUGAGACCUGGUUCACAAUGGCCUCUUGGUGGCGCCAUAUCAAUUGCCCGGUGUGCACGAUCGUACGUAUGUGUAAAUACGCAGACGGACGUACGGUCCAGGUGUGUGCCUUAUGCGCAAGUAUAUAUCCACAGAAACGGUUGAACCGUUUGGGAGAACCAGCGGCGUUGAAACAGAUUCCUCUACCGUGGGAUCGAGCCCCUCUCUCUUCCCUGACGAUGAUACAAGGCUACGGUCCAGUUACUCAGGCGUUGCUUGGGACUUUGUUUACAUGGGGCGUUACUGCAGCUGGCGCUGGACUUGUGUUUGUAUUUUCCAGUGGAAAAAGGCGAAUUCUGGAUGGUAGCUUGGGUUUUGCUGCAGGGGUAAUGCUGGCUGCAUCCUAUUGGUCGCUUCUAGCGCCUGCUAUUGAGCUCGCCCAAUUAUCAGGGAAUUAUGGCACUGAUGGUCAGUGGGCGUUCAUCCCUGCAGCAGUUGGGUUCUUGAUGGGAGCAGUCUUUGUUUAUGGAGCUGAUGUAGUGAUGCCAGCACUGGGUUCACCAUCCACAGCCCUAGCCUUGCAGUCCCAACCCAAGAUCCACGAAGAGACUGACCCCCCAUUGACCUCUGUGUUAAGCAGUAGCAAAGAUGAAGAAGCGGCGAUCACCGACUCGAGAGUAACUCAGCGAAGAAGGAAGAUCUCAGGAACCAGCCCAAACGGUGAUUUAGAACCACAGGGUCAUGACCUCAAGGGUCAAGGGUCAAAUUCCGAGCAAAGGCUCUUGACAUGGAAGAGAAUUUUACUACUCAUCGUUGCCAUCACUAUUCAUAACAUUCCUGAGGGUCUAGCUGUAGGGGUAGGAUUUGGUGCUGUUGGGAAAACUCCAUCUGCUACAUUUGAAAGUGCUAGAAAUUUAGCCAUCGGGAUUGGCAUACAGAAUUUCCCAGAAGGCCUUGCUGUCAGUCUUCCCCUUCGAGGAUCUGGUUACUCCACAUGGAUGAGCUUUUGGUACGGACAGCUAAGUGGGAUGGUCGAACCAUUGGCAGCUGUGGUGGGUGCUGUCGCCGUGGUAAUCGCUGAGCCAAUUCUACCCUUUGCCUUAUCAUUUGCAGCCGGCGCAAUGGUUUACGUCGUUGCCGACGACAUACUCCCAGAAGCACAAACAAGCGGCAACGGUUUACUAGCUUCCUGGGGGACUAUUGUAGGUUUCAUCAUCAUGAUGUCACUGGAUGUUGGCCUUGGAUAACUUCCAAUCAACCAUCACCCUGUCCCGCUCUCUGUCCCUCACUACCUAUGCACCAAUCCCUCUACCUCACCCCACAUCAUUACACCCAGAACCAGGAUUAAGGCUAGGCCCAAGGCACCGGUAGUCUAUGGCACCACUCCGCCUGAGGCCCCGGCAUCAAUUUCGUAGCACUUAAGUCUUGCAUUUCUUGAUGAUGUCAAGCUGUUCUAAGUUUUGUACAAGCUAUUUGGAAGCUUUUCCCACGUCAAAAAUUCAAAUAGAGAUGCGGAAACUCUUGUGUGAUGUUGUGGAAUUCUUGUAGGCUCUCAGAAUCUUCAAAGGCCCUCAAAAUUUUUGUUGGCCGCAAGUUUUUUCCUGGGCCUAGACCCAGUGCCUUCUGUGCCUAGUGGAUAAUCCUUUCCAACACCUUCCUCCUGUCCACACCUUGAAUAACCCCCUGGGGAGAGACAAGAAACAACUUGGAUGAAGAAAGAAGCAAUGCCUUGUUGAUCUCGAUGUUUUUCCUUCCGUUUGUCGCGAUUUUCAAAGAGAGUUACACAGCAUGAAAUGAUAUGUACCAGAAUUACUUACCUUACUCUUGUAAGUUUUUUUUUUGUGCACUGAGGCAAUGACGUUUAGGCAGAUUAUGAUUUUUAAGCUGUUAAUUUGUUUUUCCAGUUUCAAGGGUUUUUUUUUAUAUUUUCUUCUCUCAUAACUUCCUUUGUCUGUUGUCUAGUCUUGGGUUUCAUUUAUGCUUAUUGUGAUUAUUAAACUUUGACAGAUGUACAUUUACAAUAUUUCUAAUUGCUGGUGGUGGAUUUUUUUUUCAUGUGUACUUCGAAGCAAUUUAUAGCUUGAUACUGAAAAAAAUUGUUUUAUUACUGAGGGGAUUCUGCUCAAAGAGGUUGUACUUAAAACUCCUUAAUGAGAACCGCACAAGUACUGUGAAGAAAAAUGAGUGUCUUUAGUACUUUAUUUUUGAAAUAUCCCAACAUUUACUUUAGUACAAAUGCUAAUUAUUAAUAAAGAGAGUGCUUUACCUAGACCCCCUCCCCAAAACCUCUUACCCCAUCUCGGCCCUAUCCACAGCAUAUCCCUCCCCGCCCUCCCCCACAAGAAAUCAGUUUGUUAUUACUGUUACCGUGUUUUGUUACUAUUCUAAUUUAAGCCGCACCCGUUUCAUAUUUCAUACAUUCAGGUUGGCUGGCCUGAUUCUAGAAGUAGCUAUCUUCGAAACUGAUAUCAUGUUAUCGUCGGUGUAUAUUUUGUUGAUUUGAGUGGGCAAUAAAUUGGUUUAAUUUAGAGAGACGGGCGUGACCAU